AUGGAAGAUAUAGCUGUGGCCUCAGCUGAAGCGUCGGAGCACCUUGAGAUUGUGGGAGAUUUAGAACAUGGAUGGGAAGAAGUCGGCGGUGUUUUUAUUCUUUCCGUUUAUGUUAUUAUCGCAGCGUUGCUAAAACUCGGGUUUCAUCAAAUUUGCGGCAAUCCUUUUCCCGUACCUGAGUGUGUGCUUCUUAUCUGCACCGGACUUGUGGCGGGAGGGAUUGCUUAUUUGAUCCAAGACGACCAGAAUAUUGCCGACAUUUACUUUACGCCAACGAUUUUCUUCGUCAUUAUCCUUCCGCCGAUCGUAUUCGAGGCCGGAUAUUUCAUGCCUAAAGACCCGUUCUUCGAUAAUCUAGGAACGAUAUUGACUUAUGCGAUUUUCGGAACCUUUUUUAACGCUAUGGCAAUUGGUGGAUCCAUUUAUUGCGUCGUUACGUAUGGCCUCGUUCCCGGUUUUGACGAAGAGAUCAGUUUCAUUCACUGCCUUCUGUUUGGAUCUAUUAUUUCCGCUGUGGAUCCGGUCGCUGUCAUUGCGGUCUUCGAUGAAAUCCACGUGAACAUGACCCUCUACAUUUGCGUCUUCGGUGAAUCGCUGCUCAACGAUGGUGUAGCUGUUGUGCUCUACCGAGUGUUUGAGGGCUUCGCGAAUUUGGAAAAUAACGAGCCUCCACCAUCGAAUUGGGGACCUGAAGUUGGUCGAGCAUUUUUGAAGUUUUUAGUCGUCGCUGGAGGUGGAUUAGUCGUUGGUCUCGUCUACGGGUUUAUCGGCUCGCUGAUGACAAAAUACACGAAACACGCUCCGAUUAUAGAACCGCUCCUCAUUUACGCUUGUGCCUAUUUGGCUUAUCUCACCGCCGAGUGGAUUCAGCUCUCAUCAAUCAUCGCGAUCGUCUUCGCCGGGUUCUUCAUGAAGCCAUUUUGUGAAGCAAACAUGGCUCCCAGUUCGAUCUCAUCUCUUCACUACAUCCAAAAGCUCUUGUCGAGCAUUAUGGACAUCACGAUUUUCAUUUUCCUCGGAAUUUCAGCUAUCUCCGACUUCUGGACCAUCGUCUUCAUCACUAUUUACCGAGUCAUUUCCGUCUAUGUCCUCACCUUCAUUCUUAACAUUGGACGUCUUGAUAGAAUCAGCUACGUUGACCAGUUCGUUAUGGCAUACGGAGGGCUUCGAGGUGGAAUUGCAUUCUCUUUGUGCAAACUUAUGUGCAUCAAUACUGUUCCUUCAAUUCAAUCAAUGUUGUGCUCGACUAUCGUUGCUGUCUUCUUUACCUCUUUUGUCCAGGGGAUGACAAUUAAACCGAUCGUAGAAUGGCUUCAAGUCAAAAAACAAGGUGAACAGGAGCAGACUGUUUUGAAAGAAAUGACCGAAUCCGUCGUGGACCAUUUGACUGUCGGAAUCGCCGACAUUAUUCAAUCACGUGGCCGUCAUUGGUGGAUGAACAGGAUCGCCAAUCUCACAGAUGACUACAUUACACCAAUUCUUGUCCGUGAGCCUGAUAAAAUCAAGAACCAAAGCAUCAUUGACGUCUGGGCUCAACUCAAUGUGGAGGAUGCUGCGAAACUUGUGCAGAAACAAACAGAUGUUAAAAAUUAUGCUGGACUAGAAAACGACGACGACGAUUUGAACAAAAUCAGAUUAUUGUUACCUGGAGCUCUCGUUGGCGAUGAAAGGAUCAAUCCUGAAGCGCCCCAUGGCCAAGAAGGUUUUGGCGGAGAAAGAGCACAAACAGACAUCAAAAUGCACCACAUGCUUCGCGACAACCUCUACGCGAACAGACAACGAAUCGAGCUUUCUGGCCACAUCAAGUAUCGAAAUCUUGGUUCAAGCUCUGAGCAAGCUAAUUUAACGAAACAACAGCAAGAAAUCCUCGUCCGCCGACGAAUCAAGUCGUUGAAAGAAACGCCUGAGCAGAUAGAGUUUAGAAAGCAGAUGAGGAAGACAGAGGCCCAAAGAAAAACGUAUAGAAAGACAAUAAGCGAAGGAAGAAAAACAAUGAGCUUGGAACCUAGGAAGACGGUGACAACGCCAGUAACUCCACAGCCAGAAAUGUUUGAGAUGGCGCCGAGAAAAACAAAGAUUUUAUUUGAAGAGCCCGUUGAACCCACUCCACCUUCCGACCUUCCAUGGAGAAAUAGCGGCAACGAUGACCACGCUGCAACGCGAUCAACUCAAGGACGACCUCAAUCCCAGCUCUUAGAACACGAGAAAUCACUUUAA